AUGUUCUGGUUGGAUAUUGCAACCGUGACGCUGCUGCUACCAGUGGUGUCCUCUGCCGUUCCUCAUUCUCGCCGUGCGACAGGUCUUGAUAGCUUUCUCCAGUCCGAGUCGUCAGUUGCCCUUCAAGGCGCGCUCGAUAACAUUGGCCCUAAUGGGAGCGGUGCUCAAGGAGCAUCCUCUGGUAUCGUGGUGGCAUCACCAUCCAAAUCGAAUCCAGACUACUUCUACACUUGGACCCGCGACUCGGCGAUGACCCUGAGCAUGGUGAUUGAGCAGUUUCUUGCGGGAGACACUUCCCUGGAAACAACUAUCCAUCAGUACAUCACUGCUCAAGCCACGCUGCAGACUGUGUCCAACCCGUCCGGAGACCUGUCUAAUGGCGCCGGACUGGGAGAGCCAAAAUUCAAUGCCGAUAUGACAGCCUUCACCGGGGCCUGGGGCCGCCCCCAGCGCGAUGGCCCGGCUCUACGGGCAUCUGCCCUCAUGGCAUACGGCACGUAUCUGAUCAACAAUGGCCAGACAUCUCUUGCCAAAACCAACGUCUGGCCUAUUGUGGAGAAUGACUUGAACUACGUGGCCCAGUAUUGGAAUCAGACCGGCUAUGACCUAUGGGAGGAGGUCCAAGGUUCUUCCUUCUUUACUAUCGCCGUGCAGCAUCGCUCCUUGGUCUCAGGCAGCACUUUCGCUAAAUCUCUCGGGGAAUCUUGCCCUGGCUGCGAUUCACAAGCUCCUCAAGUCUUGUGCUUUCUCCAGGACUUCUGGAACGGCUCGUCCGUUAUCUCCAACCUAGCCAACAAUGGCCGCUCAGGCUUGGAUGCCAAUUCACUGCUUGGCUCGAUUCAUACCUUCGAUCCCAAUGCCCAGUGUGACGACACGACAUUCCAGCCUUGCUCUUCUCGUGCGCUCUUUAACCACAAGCUCGUGGUUGACUCUUUCCGUUCAAUCUACACUAUCAAUAGUGGCAAGAAGGCCAGCGAGGCUGUCGCUGUUGGGCGUUAUCCUGAGGAUAGCUAUAUGGGUGGAAACCCAUGGUAUCUGAACACUAUGGCAGCCGCCGAACUGCUCUAUGAUGCUCUCUACCAGUGGAAGAAACAAGGCUCCUUGUCUGUCACCCAGACCAGCCUCCCCUUCUUCCAGAGUCUCGUCUCCUCCGCCGCAGCCGGGAACUACUCUAGCUCCUCGACCACCUACUCAUCCCUCACAGGCGCAGUCAAGACCUACGCAGAUGGGUUUAUGUCGGUGGUCGAACAGUACACGCCGAGCAACGGAUCCCUGUCAGAACAAUUCAGCCGGGAUAAUGGCACUCCUUUGUCCGCGCGCGAUCUUACCUGGUCCUAUGCGGCGUUCAUGACCGCCGUCGCCCGCCGGAAUGGAAGAAUGCCUGGUACCUGGGGAGAGUCUGGUGCCAAUACCGUACCCACGCAGUGCGAGGGAACCAGUGCCAAUGGGACUUAUGUGACUCCUACUGCCGUUUCAUGGUAG